GCGUGGGAUCUUUUCUGAGUCGAAGUCAUUCGGCAAAAAGGAUGGUGACGACCAAGAUUGCCCUGGCGUUGCUGAGCGGCGUCGCGAUGGCCUCGGCGCUGCACCUGCCGCCGACGCAUGCGCGCGGAGGCAACCUCUUCAAGGACCUCGUGGCGGGCGCCGUCGUGUCGCUGGCGCCGGCGCCGGAGGCGCAGUGGUUCCAGCAAACGCUCGACCACUUUUCGCCCAAGCCGCCACUCCACUUUCUCCAGCGCUACUACGUGGACGAUACGUACUGGGGCGGGCUCGACAAGAGCCCGAUCAUCAUGUACAUUGGUGGCGAAGGCGCAAUGGACAAGAUGCCCACGGGCUACAUUGACGUGAUUGCCAAGGAGCACAGUGCCAAGGUCGUCGCCCUCGAACACCGUUUCUACGGGAAGAGCUUGCCCAAGGACGACCUCUCGACCGAGAACCUCAAGUUCUUGACCGUCGAGCAAGCGCUCGCCGACUUGAAGGCGUUCAUCGAGGCGUACCAAGCGACGCUUUCCACCACGUCCAACCCGUGGAUCGCGGUCGGUGGGUCCUAUCCCGGUGCGCUCUCGGCGUGGUUUCGCAUUGCGUAUCCGAACACGACGGUGGCGGCUUUGUCCUCGUCCGGUGUCGUCAACCCCGUCUACAACUUUCACGCUUUCGACCAACAGGUCGCGCUCUCUGCAGGCAAAGAGUGUGCUGACGCCCUUCGCCAAAUCACAAAAGCGUACGAGUCCGAGAUCCACGCCGGCCGCAGCGACGAGGUCAAGGGCCUUCUUGGCGCUCAAGCGCUCGCGGACCCGGAUUUCUUCUACAUGCUCGCUGACUCGGCUGCCAUGGCCGUGCAGUACGGCAAGAAGGACCAGCUCUGCGCGCCCAUGGUCGCGGCCGUCCAAGCCAACGUGUCGCUCCCCGAGGCGUUCGCCAACUUUACCAUUGGCAUGUACGGCGCUGCUUUUGGCGCGGGCUGCUUCUACGACACGACCUGCCUCAAGAACGACCCGUCGCGCUGGGCCGACGUGCGCUCGUGGCGCUGGCAAAAGUGCUACCAGCUCGCCUACUUCCAGGUGGCGCCGCACCACGACAGCCUCCGGUCGUCAAUCGUGGACCUCGACUACCACGAGAAGCAGUGCUACGAGAUCUUUGGCGACGUGGUCGACCCGUCCGCUGGCGUCGCCGCUACGAUCCAGCGCUACGGCGGCGACAAGCCCCACGGUCACAACAUCUUUUAUGCCAACGGCGGCGACGAUCCGUGGCAGCGUGCGUCAGUGCUCGCGUCGCUGAGUGAAGACCAACCGGCCUUCUUGGCAGUCUGCGACCUCUGCGGCCACUGCGGCGACCUCGGCAACUCGGCGCUCGACCCUGCGCCGCGUCGUCAGCAAAAGGCCAACAUUCUGUACUUUCUCAACAAGUGGCUGCAAGAGGCGACGGGCAGUGCGGUGACGACGACAAAUGCAUCGACGCUCUCGGCCGACGGUGCGCGUGUCGCGCGCGUCUCGUUUCUGGUGCUCUUGCCCAUCGGGUGCCUCUUCCUGGCGUUCAAGGCGCUCUUGCACGUCGACAUCGUUCGCGAGGCGUCGUCCGUGCGCACGAGCUUGCUUUAAGUUUCAAGAUCGUAGUCGCAUGUUGAUGCAAGCGUUCGGUAUCGCCAGAAAGAGCCUGCUUGGGCGACGAGGGCGGGCGGCUCGGAGCAUGAUCGACCGCCGGUAGCCACGGCGCCGACCACAUGGAGGCAGUCAAGCAUGGCGCCAUUGCGCGCAGCUGCAGGCCAAGAUGCAUCGCCAUCGCCCU